AUGGAUCUCAACCACGGUCUAUCACCCGCUCAAAACCCCGCCAACUCAGCUGGUGAAAUGACCGACGAUCAAAAAAGUGACAUAAAUGCAGCUUCUCAUCAUGCAAGACUGCAUCGGCCAACCGGAGAACAAGCUAGCCGUGUCGCUCAAAACAUUGACAAGGGAAAUUCCGGGCCAGUUGAAACCGACUCCGCCAUUCCCAGCAUCGAACUGCGUCAACAGAUGAAGAUCAAGCAAGAAGGCCAUGGUCAAUUCUUCUCGAAUCCCAUGAAGCACUCUCAGGAGUCCGAAGAGAAUCCCAAUGGAAUUCUGAAUCACUUUCACAGUCAUAGCAAUGGAGAGCUUUACAGAAAAGAGUAUGCCACCAGGUCUAAGACGAGCAAACGCAAGAGGGAUGAUACGGAGGAGCAGAGAGGAUCCAUUGCCCCAAGCUUGCCAGUGUCUAUUGUCCGACUCUCACCGGCAAUGGCAAUGCAAAAAAGGGAAGAAGGGCCAGAGAAGGCGUGCCUCAAUACACAAGAGAGUGCGAAUACAGCUCGCAUCCGAAACCUGGAAGCCGAGAACAACCGCCUCAAAUCCGAGAUAGACGAGCUUGAGAGAGAGCUAGAAAACACACGGACGGAGCUUCUUGAGGAACUUUCCGAGCUGCGAUCCAAGAACUACGUUAACCCCACCAAGGACGCCGAUUCAGAGAUUGGAAAAGACUGGGAACAUUUGGACUUCUUGAUUCAACAGUUUGUUAGCAAUCACUUUCCCACUAUGCUUCUCUGGGAAGACAUUCAGCGAGCCGGCACCGUCGAGCAGUACUGGCCCCUUAGCGAAGUAUGUGCAGAGCUAGAAUCAGUCCUCCAAAGCGGAUACAUAUACCCAUACCUUGUGGAAAGCAUGGUGUGGCGUUUUGUCAAGAGAGAAGUUUUUGACCCUAAGUCAAAGCUGUGGGCAGGAGAGAUUGGUGAGAAAUUCGAUGAUAUCUGCGGCAAAAUCACAGGAUGCGUCGAGGAAUUCCCAGUCGACGAGAAGACAAGUUUCAACACAGCUUUUCAUGAAUGGAGAUCACGAUCUGUGAGCUUCCUUGUCGACCUGGGUUUGGACAGGAAGUCAGGAGAUGAUACAACUGCCAGGAAAAUGAUGGAAGAGUUACGGCAGUUCAUCUCACCAAAGCCAUCGUUGCCUCGGUUUUCCAAAAGAAGUUUGAGAGACGCUGCCGAGAUCAUCAGAAAAGCUGUUGACAUCAACAUUCAGCUCAGAAAGUCAAAAGCUUACCUCUCUCUCAUCUUCCCUGGUGCCGUACGAUCGAUUCAAUCUCGGUUCUUUGGGUUUUCUUUUGAUGCAAGGAUCAUGGAUAAGAUUUCCCUUGGGCUGAGCAGCGAUCAACUGGACCAAACAAGCCCUCCCAUCGUUGAUAUGGCGAUAUCACCAUGCUUGAUAAAGCGCGGCAAUGCUGAUGGCACAAACUACGAAUCCACGAAAGUAUUGGCCAAAAUGCGAGUUGUUUGCGACCUAGAUGCCUUCUUCAACGGUUUCAAUGAUGAGGAAGACGACGAGGAAGUUGACAAUGACAACCAGUCUGCCAUGUCAGGUCACGCGACAGUUACAUCUCAGCACCCCAAAAACAACGAAGGGGAUGCAGACGCUUCAGUGCACAUGGCUCCGGAAUAUUCACCGUGCAUGGAUAGUCCAAUUCCUCAUAAUGGAGAGCAUGGGAACAAAGAGAAGACAGAGGAGUCUACCAUCAUUGUGGCCGCACAUGCUUCCGCCAAACCUGAGCUUGAAGAGCAGGAAGGUGGCGCGUGUGAUGUCGCAGAGUCGAAGCGCGAUUCGCCGGAAACAUCUCCAUUGACCGUGAAGGGGGAGGUCGUCAGUGCGGAGAUGGUCUAUCCUCAUGCAGAGAAUGCUGAAGGAAGCUCGGAAGCAAUGGAUCUUGACGGAGGUGCCGAUCUUGCCUAUCAACCACCGGCCCCGAAGGUUGACCACGACGGAGACCUGCAAAUGGAAUCAGUCUAG